AUGACGACGGUCAUUGUUGUGUUCCUUUGCGCUGCCACAGCGAUAGCGUCUGCAGGGCGUCGAUAUGGUGGUGGCGGCAAUGGCGGAGGAGGGGACGAUGGCGGAGGCAACUAUGGAGGCUACGGAGGAGGUCGUGGCAAUGGUGGAUACGGUGGAGGCAGCAGCGGACGCUAUCGCCGAGGAUACAGCGGCGGAGACGGUGGAGGCAACCGUGGCGGAUACGAUGGAGGCAGCGGCGGCAGAUAUGGUGGCGGAUACGGCAGAAGCUACGGUGGUGGAAACGGUGGUGGCGACGGUGGUGGCGACGGAGGUGGAGACGACGGAGGGGAUGGAGCGGGAAAUAACAGAGGCUACGGUGGAAGAUAUGGUGGCAGCUAUGAUGGAGGGGAUGGAGCUGGAAAUUACGGAGGCUACGGUGGAAGAUAUGGUGGCAGCUAUGGUGGAGGCUAUGGCGGAGGCAACCGUGGUGGCGACGGCGGAGGCAGAGGCGAAGGCAACCGCGGAGGCAACGGCGGAGACUACCGUGAAGGGUAUCCGUCAUUAUACAAGGACCGACGUUGA